UAGAUGAUUUAAAUUGAUGUUAUUAUUCGCACCGAAGUGUACACGGAAAUGUUGUCGAUUGUCGAUAAUAAGCAGUUGAUGCAACAGAAAAAUAACGUGAAAGACGAGAAUAAUUUUUUCCGUCGAUUACGUGACAGAUCGUGGGUAACAAGUAGCGUCAGGUGGGAAUCGUCGACACGGACCAAUUAGUUCGUUUCGAUUCGUUUCGUUUCGUUUCGUUUCGUUUCGUUUCGUUUUGUUAGAGAGGGUUGACGAAUAGGCAGAUCAGGGAUAAGUGGUUGCGUCACGCGAAAAAACGCUUCACACAAGUGGGUGCCGUUCAGUUCGUGCAGUUUCGUGAAUUCUUCAACGAUCUCUUUUAAUUGUUACUUUAACGAAGCCUGAUAAUUUAUCGUUUUCAUAGAAACGAUGGUUUGUUAAACUCGACUGGUGGUAUCAGUGGUGCGAUAUCAAUCAUAUUAACGCUAAGAUUCAGAUUCCGAGAACCGAGGAUCUUGUAUUUUUAAGUAGUAAGAGUCAACGCUUUAGCCAACAUCAAGUCAGAGGUGCUGCUGUAAACCUGGACUGACUUUGCAACUAAUUUUAUAAGAAAAAUAACAAUCGUAGUUGAAUUGCGAAACGCUUCGAGUCAAGUUCAGCCCUUUUAAAGAUUGAGGGGAAAUUCAUGGAAAAAUCGCAGCACGCUAUCAAGAUAAAUCCAGGAUAUUUCAUUCAUUUGGCCACGAUCACCGUUUCUCCCCCAUCAACGUUCGAUUCAUUCGGUUCCGUGCGUCGCGUCGCCUCGCGUCGCCUCGCGUCGCGACGUUGUGACGAUCGGUCGGGGAUGAAAGGAGCAAGGGAUUACAGGGGUAGGAGAUAUUGGUCAAUCCCACCGGCUCAGCGCUAAUAACCGUGGAACACGAAGACGAGUUAUGACAGGUGGUGUCGUGGUUCGUUCGGUGGGGUGAAACUGCACGGAGCGGGGUGACAUGUGCCAUUGUUCAAACCCCUUCUCCAAACGACCCUUCUCCUACCCUCUACUCUACCACUUCCCACCUCUCUCGUUCAGUCUUCUAUUAGCACCGUGCAACCCUUCUCUCCUCCUCCCGAUCAUCCCGUGAUCCCUCUUCGUCAAAAGGUGCUGACGGCUAUUCCAGUUAGCCCUACUCCUACCUCUAACAUCCUGAAUUAUACUAUUCUGUAAAUACUGCAAGUACAGUGAAUUAUUUCAAAGAUUUACACUUCAUUUUCAGCUUGAAUUCAAAUAUGCUUUCAAUUGUUCAAUUAUAAUAAGUGUUUCGAACGUAACGAGGUAUAAUAGCAAAGCUCGUACAUUCAGAUAUUAGCCCCUGCUCUUUGAUCUUCGAAUUUUGAUACGGUUCACGAGUUUAAAUUAUAAUAAUCGAUGUUAACGAGACAGGGAUUACAUUAAUCCCUGUAAUUAUACGAAACAAGAGUGGCGAUGCCAGGUGAUGAUAGCGACACGUUGUGGAGGCUAACUGAAGUAGCUGUUGUUGAAGAAGUGGCGAAACUGGUGAAAAUCAGUGUCGGGAGCGGUCGAUCCGGGCAGCGGUAGUGGUGGCGGAACGGCAGGGGUACUAUGGGAGCGGGGGUAUGGGGGGCGGAGGAGGGCUACAAGCCACGGACCUCCGGCGAAGGCUCGAGUCCCGGUGUUCAGGAAGCACUUUUCCCCAGGGUCUUCCUUCCAUAAGACACGAUGGCUGCCGUGCAGCUGAAAGAAGCUUGUCUGGCCAGGAGGGAGACAGUGGGAUUGACUUGGAAACGACCCUUGCUUCCGGUCAACCGACCUGUACUAGUUCUCGGUCGUACAGACGACACGAGAACGAGGAGAAUGAAGAAAAGAAGAAAGGUGCGAGAUGUACGUUGAAGAAUGAAAAUGGUGUAAUCGAUUCUUUGUACGGAAAACUGCGGUUCUCCGUUGGAAGAUUGUUCGGCGCAGAUGGUGAGGAGGACGAAGAAGGCAAUAGGAAUAGGCAUCGGCUUCGAUGGUUUCGCAGGGACUUUCGGUGGCUCGCGGAUGUGGCGACGAGGACCCUGCUCCUCGGUAUCGUGCUUUUCGUCACGCCAGGUCUGUGCCACCAGGACGCGGUGCACAUUACGGCAAUCCUGGGGGAGAGCGUUGUCUUCAACUGUCACGUAGAGUUCCCCGGUGAGCACCCAGUGCCGUACGUUCUUCAAUGGGAGAAGAAGGUAGGCAACGAGGGGCAGGAGAUACCGAUAUACAUAUGGUACGAGUCGUAUCCGACUCACAGUGGCGAGGGUUACGAAGGUCGAGUCUCGAGGGUGAGCCCGAAUUCACCGUAUGGCGUGGCGAGUCUCAACCUGACCGACAUCCGUGAAAGCGAUCAAGGAUGGUACGAGUGCAAGAUCGUCUUCCUCAACAGAUCGCCAAACAGUAACAAGAAUGGUACCUGGUUCCAUCUGGAUGUUCACGCGCCACCGAAAUUCAGCAUAACACCGGAGGAGAUGAUCUAUGUGAACGUGGGCGACGCGAUAAUAUUGAACUGCCAGGCGGAGGGUACGCCAACACCGGAAAUCCUCUGGUACAAAGAUGCGAAUCCGGUCGAACCGUCGUCUACCAUCGGAAUAUUUAACGAUGGUACCGAGCUUAGGAUCUCGACGAUCAAGAACGAAGACAUUGGAGAUUACACUUGCAUCGCGCGGAAUGGAGAGGGUCAAAUCAGUCAUACAGCUCGCGUUAUAAUUGCUGGUGGAGCAGUGAUCACGGUACCCCCGACAAAUCAGACGAAACUGGAGGGUGAGAAGGUGCAGUUCUCUUGCGAGGCAAAAGCUCUUCCUGGUAACGUGACGGUCCGUUGGUUCCGAGAGGGUGCUCCAGUCACGGAAGUCUCGGCGUUGGACACGAGAGUGUCCAUCAAAACGAACGGCAGUCUCGUCAUCAAUCCCGUCAGCGCCGAUGAUUCUGGCCAAUAUCUGUGCGAAGUGACGAAUGGCAUUGGUGAUCCUCAGAGUGCCAGUGCUUAUCUAAAUGUGGAAUAUUCAGCAAAGGUGACGUUCACCCCAACAGUUCAGUACCUGCCGUUCCGUUUGGCUGGCGUGGUGCAGUGUUAUAUAAAAGCGAACCCACCCCUUCAGUACGUGACCUGGACGAAGGAUAAGCGACUGCUCGAGCCUUAUCAGACAAAGGACAUCGUUGUGAUGAACAAUGGCUCCCUGCUGUUUACACGGGUCAAUGAGAAUCAUCAAGGCCGAUAUACCUGUACGCCUUACAACGCGCAGGGCACACAGGGUAGUUCCGGUCCUAUGGAGGUAUUAGUACGGAAUCCGCCCGUGUUCACCCUCGAGCCGGAACCAAUUUAUCAGAAGAAGGUCGGCGAAACGGUGGAGAUGCACUGUGACGCUCAAGAGGCCGAGGGCACGCAGAAACCUACGAUACAGUGGCAUCGGAGGGACGGCGCGUCGAUCCAACGUAAUCGAGCCAAGAUGGUCGGCGGUAAUUUGACGAUCGAGAGCCUUCGACGUUCCGACUUUGGUUUCUAUCAGUGCGUUGCAUCGAACGAGGUGGCCACCAUAUCCGCUUCGACGCAACUAAUCGUCGAAGGCACGCAACCCCAUGCGCCUUACAACGUGUCCGGAACAGCGACUGAAUUCUCGGUCACGUUGACUUGGCUGCCAGGUUAUUCUGGCGGACCUGAUUAUAAGCAAGAUUACACUAUUUGGUACAGAGAGUCGGGCACGUCGGAAUGGGAAACGAUACCAGUGACUCCGUCUGGUAGCACAACGGUGACGAUCAACAGACUGACGCCAGGUACGCUGUACGAGUUCCAAGUGAUCGGGAAGAACGCUUUGGGCGAUGGGAUGCUGAGCAAAGUCAUUACCGUCAGGACGCUUGACGUGGCACUGACGCACUCAGCGACUCCAUCCUCGAGCGCCGGUCAAGCUGCAGCCACGGAUCAAAGCGACAUCUUAGAUUAUAAUACUCUCAUAUUACCAACUGAUUCCACCGGCAACCCAGCGUUUCCGCCAAUCAUGCGACCUAAAGGACCAAAGCCAGGUCCUCCCAGGAAUCUCACGGUGACAGAAAUCAGCAAUGGUUUCCUGAUAACCUGGCAACCCCCUCUGGAACGUAGUCACCUUAUUCAAUAUUACACCAUCAAAUACAAGACGGACGGACCGUGGAAAAUGCUCAACAAGGGACAAAUCCGACCCGAGGAAACCAGCUAUUUGGUGAAGAAUCUGGUCGGUGGUAGGACCUACUAUUUCCAAGUGUUCGCCAACUCGGCGACGAAUUACGGGGUCAGCGAGCAGGUGAAAUUUCCGGUGCCUGCUCGAGUGAAGCACAAGGCGAUCACCGCUGGUGUCGUCGGUGGUAUACUCUUCUUCAUCGUCGCGAUCAUCUUGAGCAUAUGCGCGGUGAAGAUUUGCAAUAAGAGGAAAAGACGAAAACAGGAGAAAGAACUGCUUUCAGCGUAUAGUAUGGUGGCCUGCCGGGUCACCGACGCCAGGAACGGCGCAGGGCAGGGGCCCCAGGGAACAGUGCCUUUGAAAAAACCUAGAAAAAGCCGAGUACCAGGUCUGAAUCUCCUGCGGGAGAUCCUGAGUCCGGAUACCCCGGACUCGUGCCGCGGCCGACCGCUGGGUAAGAUCUCACGCGCGGCUGACGGUCGUUUCGUGGUAGCGGACUCGGUGCUCAGCUCGGCGAACAACAGCAUCCUGGAUGCGUCGAGCAGCGACGACGGUGGAUUCCUUCCGAAGCAGCGGCUCAAGUCGUCCUGGCGAAGGCCGUUGGUCGGCACCAGCCAGCUCAGUCUUAGAUCCGAGGGUAGCGGUGUGUCUAUCGGAGGGCUACCUUCCAUCCAUCAUCAUCAUCAUCAUCACCACGGGACAGUGAACUCGUUGGCCAGAAUAGCGCCAGCGAUCUGCACGAUCUCGUCGCCCAGGUUUCUGGCUAGUUCACCGAGCGGUCAGCAGGUACCCUGGACGCCGUUGUACUUUAGCGAUCUCAGCUCCGUCAGGCAGCCAUCCUCCGGUGAACGUUCCUUCCCGACCCCGCCGGAUUACCUGCAGCUGCGAACCGUGCACCAGCGAUACAGCCAAGAACUGCCCUCCUUGAAGGCGAUUCAUGCCGAAUCGAGAAGAUUCGUGCCGGUUCAGCCGUUGGCUACCUCGUCGCCCCCUCAGCCGGCCGGCAGGCCAAGGGCCAGGCUACCUCCUAGGCACGCCAGGCACGCGAGAUCUGCACCAGAGCUGGCUGCGUCUCCGGAUCUGGAAACAUCGCCGGAAAGCAGGUCCAGCAGUUCGGGUUUCGGGAGUAAAAACACGUCGCAACAGAACCAGAGCUCGAGGAGUGGUAGCACGGUAGCCGAGUGGAGACCACCACCUUACAGACCUCCACCGCCUCCUUUGGUCGGUCGUUGGCUCGAGCUUCAGGAUCAGGCUAAAGUCGGGCACACGCACAUACAGAACGCAGUGGACGCGGGCAGCGUGGACGGCCACUACGAGUUCGACCCUGUUUCCUGUACACCUACCCCGACGUCCGCCUCGACGCCGACCAGGGAGGAGAGACCACCGGUGGUGCAUCAGAUACACACCAUCCACGUGCCGCACAUUCACCAGGUGCACACGGUUCAUCACCAGCCGCCGAGGUACAGCAGGGACAACAUCGAGGCAAGGGUGCAAGCUAUGAAGGCCGAGUUUCAUCAGUUUCGGCAACGGCAAGCGAGGAGAAGACAAAGCGCGCACCUGGAGAGCGCCUGUUGACGGCACUCUUCACAUUUACGAUUAGACUACUUUUUAGCCUGCGUCGUUCAGUUUCAAAUACCUAUUAUAGUUCCGAUCAGCGGAUAGAUACGUCGAGUAAACAGCCGGCUGUGACGAAAGCUAAUGCAAACGCGAACUGCAUAUGCACGUAGUCGCGUCGACGCUGUGAUUUAUAGACCAACUGUUCAAGCACAACGAGGAUCAUCGUACGAGAAUCCAGUGUAGGCAACUUCAAGUCAAUUCUAUAUCUGCUGGGCAACCAUUAUACAAACAAAGAAGGCUGUUACAAUCGUCGCGUCAGCUCAGGAUACAUAAAUUUUCGCCAACGCGACUACGUUAACGUGGUUAAAAUUCUUCUACGUUAAGAAUCUACGACAGAUCGUCGGAGUCUGAUUGUUGCCAAAUUCCAAGGAAGAACGUCUUUCACGAUCGUUGUUCCAAAGAAUUCAGUGAAUCCAGCGAAUACCAUCGACAGACGGUUCUGAUGAUUUUCACCUACACGGUAGAGAAAGAUGAAAUUGAGAUUAACCGAGAAACAAAGAUGAAAUUCAGAAAAGAAUGUCAAGACACGACGGUAUGAUAUUCCAAAGAAACUGUGUAACCGUGCUUCGUAUACCUUUUAAACGACACGUAAGAUUAAUCUUAACCGUACAUUGUAAGUAAUAAUGCAAACACUCGAUAAGAAGAACAGCAAGAAACACAUAAACGUUCGUACACACAUAAACACACAUUGAAACGAAAUCGAAAACGAAGCAAGCAACAAGAAGAGGUCAAGAUGAUGGAAUCACCAUACUAUAUAUAUAUAUAUAUAUAUACACACACACAAACACAAACACACACACACACACGCGCGAGAAACUUAAAAAGAAACAAAAAGAAAAAAAAAAAAAGCAAAAAAGAAUUAAUUAUUAUUGACGAGCAAUGGACUCGAAACGUGAUAUUAGGCCGAAGCUUGCCUGGAGAUUGCUUAAGGACUCACUCGUACUGCACUGCCUGUUUAGGGUUUCGCUAGCGACCCAACAUAUUAUCGGCACAAUAAUUUUUCUUAAGCAACGUAAACGAGAUUAAGUAAGGUUCUUUGAAACGACACGCACGGCCAAUGCUAGGCGUUGCGUGCACACGUGUGUACGACCCUCUUCUUCGCGAGAUUCGUAAGCAACCCCCCGCGCUCGUAAGGUUUUCCCUUUUUACACCGAUCGGCAUGAAACUUCGCCAUUUUUGCGAACUGCCAACACGAUAGACCAGAGCCCCCAAGCCCCAGGGAUAUGAAGUCGCGAAGCGUACACGCGUAUGCAAGCAUCGCUCGUGAUCAACCGUGAUCCGUGCAUUAGUAACGAAAAAUGUUACGCACGCGUACACAAGUUAUACACAUAAAACAAAACAAAAAAAAAAACAAAAACAAAAAAAAAACAAAAAAAAAAAACAAAACCAAAAAACAAGUCACAUCGACCCGAUACACGUGUAAAUUUGAAAGAUUUGUGUGUGUGUGUGUGUGAGGAAGAGAGAUAUUUUGAAUGGGAGAGCGAAAGAUGCGAGAAUGGGAACAGAAACACGCGCAUACACGCGAGAGAGGGCGUUCUUCGAGACCCAUCUAAUUCUUCACCAAAACGCGUUCUGUGUAUAAAGAAAAAUCAUAUUCGAGUCGAGAUUCGAGGCUCGUAUACGGCCCACGGAGUGUUCGAGGAUACAAAUCAACGGGCUAAUUGUUCGAGUUAAACGCGACCUAAACUUAUCUCACGAAUACCGUAACGCGAGACUAUUUGAAUCGAAAGCAACUUCCCUCUUCUUUUUCGUUCCUUACUCUUCUUGUUCUUCUUAUUCUUAUCAUUCUUCUUUUAUUACGUUUUAUUGGCUGUUGCGCAAGACAGCGAAUCGAAUACUCUCGGGCCGUCUCAGAGUUUUAAUUUCCCCUUCUAUUAUUAUUAUUAUAUUAUUUCUUUGCAAUUUAUCUUUUAUAGUACAAACACUUAUUUAUAUUGUACCACAUAUUCUAUACAUACUUGUAUUGUUAUAAAUAUAUUAGCGAGGGCCCUACUCACGAUUCAACUAUACUUUCUUCGACGAAAUCGCGAAACACCGACGAGUGCAAACGACGCGGAUAUAUAUAUAUAUAUAUAUAUAUAUACACACACACACACACACAUACAUAUACAUAUAUGUAUAUGCCGUCGAGGCAGAAGGACACUCUGUUGUAUAAUUUUCGUUGAGAUGUAUUUGAAUGACAGACUGUGCGUGGGUGUAUACGAAAGAGCAAUAGAGUCCGAGGAACGAGUAACGAGAAUAAGAGGUGAGGAAGAAUGCACGCUUGUAUGAUUGACACGCGAGACAUGUGAGACGAUAUGUUUCAACGAUAGACGAAAUUAACAUAGAAAAUAAUUGUUAAAUAAUAUACAGAAAUGGGUACGUCGUUACCUCCUUAAAUUUCAUGAAAAAUUUUCCAAACCACCCACUGUAUGUAUAGAAAACAAAUGUCUUCUGUCCAUCGUUGAAAUACGUAUAAUUGACGUUCAAAUGGGAUACGAUGAGAAAUAACAGUAAAAUAUGUAAAGAUACAAGAAAUGUGCGAUUAAAAUUCGUAUCAAAAAGAAGAGAGCAAGGGAGAGCGAAUCGGAGAAACAGAUGUUGAAACAUGGGGGUGACGCGAAAGAGUACCAAUAUUCUAAAGUAAUUCUAAUGAUUGAAUUAAUAAUUUGAUAAUUAAUUGAUAUUGUACAUCGUAAACGACGUAGCGUGUAGUGUAUUAAUCAACGAGAUCGACGAACGCGGCGACAACUAAUUCGUUAAACUAAUUAGCCCGUUAAUCAUCCGUGGAAUCGCGAGAUGUAAGAGAAUACACGAGAGGGGUAUGUUCGUGAUCGGGCCACGCCGUAAUUUUCGAUCGGUCGUUGCCCCGUUGUAUCAUAGUAAUCGAAUUAAAGGUGCGUCUCGAUCAAGCCCGUAUCACGAUCUACGCGGUAGCUUUGUGUCUCCUCGAAAAUUCAAUAGCUACAAAUAUUAAUCGAUCGAUAAUCUCUUUUUUGUACGUCGAAUGGUACCUCGAUCGAUCUCAAUUACAUAGAUAUAUAAAACGCUCCUUUCGCAUCGAACCUGAGGACAACUCACGAUUCUACCGCGUAGAAAAGUAGGAAAAUAAAAAGAUCGUCAUCGUGGAUCGACGUUUACCUUUUGAACCAUAGUGAGGCGGAAUUCCAAGAAACAAGAAGAAAAGUCGAAAUUUUAAGGUUACGGGAUUGCUUUUUCUAAAUAGUUUUUGUAAAAUAUUCGGCACUUUAACUGGAAAAUAUGCUACUUCUUGCAAUUCUGCCCCACUGGGACGACCACUGACCCCUCGUCCGAAGAAAAUAAACGCGAAAGAACAAGUAACCAAUCGACAUAGGCGUAUAAGUAACGUGUAGAUAUAUCAUAGUUAGAUACAACGAUCUCAAGACGCGCUGAAAGAAAGAAUGACAGUGAACGAUCGCUGAAUCGAGAGGAAAAUGAAGAUGUCGAUUCUCGACGAUCGUAGGUUGCCACGAAUGGUACGUUGAAACGCAAUCGUAUGCCUCGAAAAAAAAAAAAAAAAAAAA